AUGAUCUAUUUUGUUUUUGUAAUUAUGCUCAUAAAGGCUACAACCACCACCCCGCCUAUGGCUUGGAAUUUUGAGUGCACGUAUCCAAUGAUGUCAACACAGCAAGCUUCGUACAACACAUUAAAGCAUUACGACAAUUUUGCAUUGAAGCCGAUUCUUUUUGGCGGCAACGAUUCUACUGCUGACUAUUCUGGAGAGACAUGGAGAGACCCGUGCUAUCAUCGAUUUUAUGCACAGAAUGCAACAUAUGUGAUUUACUGGCAGGUCGAAAACGAUUUUUGUUCUACUUGUUCCAGUGGUCGAGGCUACAACUCCUUUGGCUUGGAACUUCAGGACUUUAUUCCCAGGAAUUGGGACACAACAAACGUGGUACGACAAAUUUCAAUAUUACGACAAUUUUGCAUUGAAGCCGAUACUUUUUGCCGGCAAUGAUUCUACUGCUGACUAUUCUGGAGAAACAUGGAGAGAUCCAUGCUAUCAUCGGCUCUAUGCGCAGCCAAACGCGACAUUUGUGGUUUACUGGCAGGUCGAGAACGAUAUGUAUUGCGAAGUUAUGCGUCGUACCUGUUGUCUCACUGUAACGCCUUCCUUCGAGGCCCGAUACUUGACAAGAGUCGAGAUGCGUGGCGAUGGAUGUGCUCUCUAAUUUCAUAUAUCUUUUUUUUUAGAAAUUUGAUGUUUGUCUGAAAAGCCACUUUUCCGUAGUUCCAUAUUCCGUAGCUCUAUAAAUUCUAAUCAGAUUCCUAAUAAAAAGUUAAAAAAUAA